AUGUGUCCUGAUGGUUUGGUGCUGGUAGUUACUCUCAUUCUUUUUCCGACAUCGUUUGUGGUACGUUCGCAGAAGACUCACCCGCAUCAAUGGGGCUACAGCAGGGACGACGACUACGAUCCAUUCAGCGUCCUCGAAUACGACUCAGACACGUGUGCGGAAAUGCGGACGUGUGGAAGGGGCCUCUCAUAUCCGGACAAAAGUUGUAAUUGUGACGAGCUCUGUGUUUUAAUGAACGAUUGUUGCGAUGGAUUUCUAACUGAGCAGACACUCGAAAGUACCUCUUUUGAAAUAAACGCAGACCAGUUUUCAUGCGAGACGGUGAGAGGACUUGUCUUACAUCGUCAUUACGGUGUUUUGCUAGUUUCCAAGUGUUCGCCAAACUGGACUGAAGCACGAACAAAAUCCCUUUGCGAAAGUGACUUUCAUUUUGAGAAGGAUCUUAUGAAGAAAACACCUGUUUCGGACGGCUCUUAUUUGCAAAUAAUGUACAAAAAUAUGUACUGUGCAUACUGCAACUUUGAAUACAACAUUUUAUUUUGGUCGCCUGAACAUGUUUGCUUUGAAAAUAUGACUAAUGUCCGUAUGAUACCGUUCAGUCCACAUUGUCGACUUUCGUUCACUGCACCGUUGUUCAAUUCCACGAAAAGAGUAUGUGGAGUGGUGCCACCGAUUUCUACCUGUGGAAAUAAGUCAGAAGUGAAGCUUAUUGUUUUAUGUGAACAAGGUCAUUAUAACCUUGUUUAUGAUGAAUAUGGUAACGAGUAUAGAAACGAACAUUGCGCGCAGUGUAAUGGUGUAGACAUGAACAAGCUUUAUUGUAUGGAUUUAUCAGUUCAUACUGAUAUUAUACCAAAACCAACCGAGGGGUCUGGCGAUCGUUUAGCAAGUCUUACGCUUCUAGUGAACCUUAAUCUCGGUACAUUUGAAAAAGAUGGAAAAAUUAUUGAUUCAAAGAAAUGCAGUUAUGAUGAAAUAUACGACAUAAUGUACGACAAAUGUCGGGAGGUGUUUUGCCCACCAACUACAUUUCAACGAAAAGGUCGCUGUAUUCUACAGGCUGUAGUCGAAAAACAAAUGCAACAAUAUUCCGACAGACAUUAUUGUACCUGGGCGAAACUAGAUCCAGCUGAAUAUAUAUUUACAAACGAUUCAAACUUGUUUAUUUUAUCGGCACAGAAAACCUACAAUGACUCUCAAUUCCACCAGAUUGGCACAGAUGUUUUUAUUUGCCAUAGUCUAAACAAUACCUGUUUUCAAUGUGAAUCGGUCCAGGUCACGUUUAACUUUGAUAAGUCAGAGGAGUACUUGUCAACGAUCGGACUUGUAAUUUCAAUCCUUUCUCUUCUUUUGACUGUGAUCGUUUAUCUCACUUUUCCUCAACUUCUAAAUACUCCAGGCAAAAUCCUUAUGUCUAUGGUGGUAUCUCUUUUGCUAGCUCAAUUGUUGUUCUUGAUUUCUUCAGAAGUGUCUUCUUAUCCUUUAGUAUGUAAAAUACUGGCAAUAUGCGACCAUUAUUUCUUUUUAGCAGCCUUUUGUUGGAUGAACGUUAUUGCGUUCGAUUUGUGGAAAACCUUUUCAAGUAAGGUAAGCGCUCCAAGUUCAAGCGAAAGUGCGAGAAAAACGUUAUUAUUUUACAGUUUCUAUGGCUUCGUUAUUCCAAUGUGUAUUGUUUGUGCGGCUUUGAUAUUAGAGUUUGGGCAAUUUGAGAAUAUAGAUACAAGUAUGAAACCAUACUAUGGGCGAAACAUAUGUUGGAUUAGUUCGCGCAAUAGCCUAAUCUUAUUCUUUCUUGGACCUCUUGCCCUGUUUAAGCUCUUUGACAUGACUUCUUUUAUCUUUACCGCCGUGCACAUUGCCCGGGCAAGAAAGCAAGGAGCCGCUGCAAGGAGAAAAAAGAACACAUGCUCGUUGCUGAUCAACAUCAAGCUCUCUCUAGUCAUGGGUCUAACAUGGGUGUUUGCCUUUGUUGCAAAUGUGGCCAACUUGCAGGUUAUGUGGUACUUGUUUAUAAUAUUUAACACAUUCCAGGGCCUCUUUAUCGCCAUCAGUUUCCUGUGCACGAGGAAAGUAGUCCGUCUGGUGCACGAAAAAUAUGCGGUAUUCUCCAGCACAUUAAAGUCCUCCGCAGAAACAAAGACGACCUUUGCCUCGAAGUCUAACCUUAAGUAUUCUUGA